CACACAGGUGCGGGAUGAGAUAAUGUUGACGUGGGGUAGAUGGUUCAAAUUCUUGGAAAAGGUUGGAGAUUAUUUGGUGAGAAGAACUGUGACGCAUGGAGAAACAGGGACGAGGGUAAUACGAUGCAACCUGGAUGAGACUUUUCUUAGGUUUCACGUAGCGCAGAAGAAUGCGGUGAUCCCCGAGGAGAAUGCUCGCAGGGUAAACCGAAACCACGCACCAAAUAAGAAAACAACCAAAGGAGGCUGCACCUUCAGCGCGAUCAUAUCCGACGCGUAUGAUAUUCAGUUCAAGCCUACGAUAAUUCUCAACGCAAGCCAUCCACGUAAGAGCUGGAAGGUCGACGCUGCAAAAUGUUGGGAAGGUUCUGCGUACGUUAUUCCCGACGGCAACGAGAAUGGGCACCAUCAGACGGACAGCAGUCUUUUCAUGCGCACACUCCAACGGGUUGCGGCUGAAAAGGCAGCACACGAAAAGAGGCUAGGGCAUAGGAUCGUGAUCCAGUUCAUCGUUGACGUUUGUCCAGCACAUACAGUGGAAGACUCUUGGCGAGAAGAGUGGUUGGAGGAGAGGCAUGGGAUUUAUCUCUUCUGGCUCCAGCCAGAGGUUGGCUCGAAGCUGCAGCCGUUGGAUUUUAUGAUUGGGGACGGUUCUUCGUGAGGUCGUUGCUUAGGUUUUUAUAAGAGUAAAAGCGCUAGCAUAUGCGAAGAGCUAAUCUCUGCGUCGCUAAGUAUGGCCAUGGGAUUCUUUCUUCUAUCAAGAAUGGGCAGGCGCAUUUGCGUGGGUACCAUAGUCUAUUAUCUCCAGCAUUUAGAGACUUCACGCUUGCGGUAUUGCGACUCCAUUCGCGACCCUCCACGUUUGAGAAAUUUGGAUUCCAUGGAAAUCCCAGAGAUUGGGCGCCGAUGCAAUCCGAACUCAGAAAGUUCCUGCUCGAUCUUCACUGAAAGUGAUGGAAUCGAGACAGUAUCUAACUAGACAAGAAGAUAAUUCACAAACUGCAGCAGCCUAAGAGUAGUGCACUUCUAUAGUACUUAUUUAAUAGUGGGGAUGUCAUCUUCUAGCUCUAGCAAAACGCCAGC